AUGAGUCACCCGAUUGAUCAGCGUCAUCAUCCUGCAUCUGCAUCAUUGAGGAUGCCCGUUUGUAAAUUUUGGUUGGCUGGGCGUUGCACCCGCUAUCAAUGCCCCUACCUACACGGUCAGAAUCCGCCGUGUGCCUCAAACAGAAACAGCAGUGAUAAAGGUAUCUCUUGGAGAAGAAGUCAUGCCCGGAAAAACCCUAAUGUCGGUCGCUGUAAGAAGCAACUCCAUAACGUUAAUAAUGGGCCGAGCAAACCGACCAAUGAGCUAGAUCACAAGGACUCUUUUUGUAGUCCUUCAUCUGAUGGAGGCAUCCCUUGGAGAAGAAGUUAUGUCUGGAAAAACCCUAAUGUCGAUCCCUGUAAGCAGCAGCUCCAUGAAAAUACUGGAGGGCCAAGCGACCAAAUGAUUGAGCUAGAUCACAAGGACUCUGUUUGUAGCCCUACACCCGAGGAGCACUGUCCACCUUCGUUGCACAGCAGCGGAGAGUCAAGCAAGCUGACAAAUGAGGUUAAUAUGAUUCAACAAGAACAUGAGGAGGCUGUCUGCAGUCCAUCUAAGGAGCAUUGUCCACCUCUGAUCCACAGUGUGGUCAUGCUCGAUAUGAUCAAUAAGGCAAGUUUAAUUACAGACGAUCAUGUGGCAACCAAAGAGAAAUGCAAUGACCUCAAUCCUUGGUUUGAAUACUUGAUUGAUUUACAAGGUCAUGCGAAGGGGAUUGUGGGGAUAGCCCUCCCAGCUGGGUCAGACAAGCUAUACACUGGCAGUCGAGAUGGAAUAGUCCGAGUUUGGAACUGUAACACUGGCCAGUGCAUUAUGAUGGUAGAUAUGGAAGCUGAAAUCAUAUGCAUGUUCAACAAAGGGCCAUGGGUGUUUGCCGGUGUUCACAAAGCUGUUAAGGCAUGGAAUACAGAGACUGGCUUACAAAUAAGCCUAGAAGGAUCCGCUAGCCGGGUGAAUGCCUUGGCGUUCCAAAACGAACUCCUCUUUGCUGGACUAGAGUAUGGAAUUAUUCUAGUGUGGAAGUCCAAUACAGAGGGCAACAACUUUGAACCAGCUGCUGUACUCACUGGUCAUAGACAAGCUGUUGUGAGCUUGAUUGUGGGAGUUAGGCUUUACUCUGGAUCAGUUGACAAGACAAUUAGAGUCUGGGACCUCGAAACUCUUGAGUGCAUUCACACUCUCGAGGGCCAUACAUCAACUAUUACAUCUGUAUUGUGCUGGAACGACUAUCUCUUAUCUUGCUCAUUGGACUGCACGAUUAAGAUUUGGGCAGCCAUGAAUACCGGCAGUAUAGAACUAAUAUAUACCCACAAUUUAGAGCACGGAGUUUUAGCAAUGGAAGGAAUAUACGAUGCAAAUGAGAAACCAGUUAUAAUGUGUUCCCUUGAUGACCACAGUGUUCAAAUGUUUGAACUGCCAUCGUUUGGUGGAAGAGGGACGAUAUUCUACAAGAGUAACGUUAGGUCACUGCAUAUCGGACCGUCCGGGCUCUUUUUCACCGGAGAUGAGAUGGGUGCCGUCAAGGUGUGGAGGUAUUUGACCAAUGUAUCACCGAGUGAUUGAGUUGACACUUUGUAUCUGUUAUCAGUCAUGUUAAAUGAAUAAAAAUGGUCAUUAGACCAGUUUGUUUUUUGGUGCCAA